GCCGGCCACUGCGCCUAGUGGUGAUGGUACACGAGUGCAGAGUGUAAUGAAAUGUUGUCACUUGUCUUAACGACGGGGCAAUUUUGGGUGUUCGUUACAGUGUCAUGGCACGUCGUCUUGAGUUCUGACAUAUCCUGAGUUGGUGGUGGAGAUUAGAGAGCGCCUCAUAUCGCGAAUCGACGUUUAUAAACACGUCAUUUGUCGACUGUGUUCAGGUACACUUACAUAAGACUGAGGGACCGCAUUGUGUAGUUGAUAAAUGAUAAAAAGAAAAGAGCAAAGUGCUAGCACCCCACUGAGAACAUCAACGUUCAUUCAUCCUUACUGCAUUACUCUGUUAUUAACAGAAUUUGUUAGUUUUUUUUGGCCUAUUUUACUGUGGCCUCUCAGUACUUACCUCCUCGCCCUCUAUUCCACGACGCCUCCCCCAGCGCCCCUCCCCAGCCUCCCGUGUUACAUUACCGUCUGUGUUCCUCAUCAGUCGAGGUGCGUUGACUGUGCCGAGUGUCACAUGCUGCCUCGUGUAACACUACAUCUCGUCUCUGACACGUUCGUCGCUACGAGCUCUUACAUUUAGGUCCCUGAAGUCGCUCGCUUACCCCCAGUCGCUCUUUCGACGCCCACAGACUGGGGUGUGAGUAGGAGACCUCGCCCAGAGAGCUACGUGCUGUGUGGCGUCCCUCGACCACUCGCAGGGACGUGCUCCUGCGCCGCCACCUGCUCAGUCAGUGCCAUGGAGUUGCUGCGUGGCCAUGUACGAGGAGCAGACCCCACAGAUGGAGCUCCAGUCAGCUGUGGUGGUUAAUCAGCUGACGUUGUCGCAGCAGACAGAGGCGUUGAAGGAAUUGCUCAACACUACUCGAGAGAAGUGCACCUGCUGUCACCACGAAGCGCUAAACAAGGCCACGGGUGUCCUUUCGGAGCUCAGAGAUGUGCUGACUUUACUCGCGAAAAAGUCAGGAGGUCCUUGGUGCCCCUACCCGUACACCCAGGUGGUCGACGAGUGCUUCCACGCCCACAGCAAGAAGCUCACUUGGUCCCAGGCGCGCCACGUGUGCAAAGGGAUGGGCGGUGACCUGGCGGAACCGAAGCACCUCUACGCACUGCAGGCUUACUUGGCUCAGACUUACGGCCCCGGCUACUUCUGGGUGGGCGGCACCGACGAGGGCAGUGAGGGGCGCUGGCACUGGGUGUCCGGGCGGCCCCUGGACCCUGUCGACUGGCUCUUCUCCCGCCCCGACAACUUGGGCGGCGAUGAGCACUGCCUGGAGAUCGUUAUGUCCGAUUACCCGAAGCUUUUCAACGACGAGACAUGCUCCAUCGCGCAGAGAUUCAUCUGUCAGUACAGAGGCUGAAGCAGUAAAGAUUUAGUUUUACGGA